CAUUAAUUGACCGACUCGCGCUUCUGCUUGCUCUGCCUGGGGAAGAAGAAGAAGACGAGGACGAAGAAAAUGGCGACGACGAGAGAAAUGUGAGGCUCUCCAUGGAAAUUUCAAGCGCGGCAUAGCUCUCUCUAUCUCUCCGUUCAGUUGCAUAGGCCACUUUCGAUGGUCCAUACCUUAGGUCACUGCUGAAAUUUUCCAAGUUUAGAAUCUUUUCAUCCUCUGCAUACUGCUGAAAUUCGAAGUUUCCUUCAAUGAAAGAGAACUAGAGAAGGGCUAAGUUUUUGCUUUUCCUUGCUCUUGUGCCGAAGCGUUCGACUUGCCAAUUUUCUUGCUAGCUGUAAGUGAGGUACUAGCUUGUGGUUUCGGGUGCAUGGCGGCUAGUGUUUGAAGUGCUGCUGAUGGAGAUGGGUCUUUGGGGUCUGCAUUUCUCGGCUAUUUUCGCUCUCUGUGCUGUUUUCGAAGCUGCGGCAUCCCAAGGGGUCCAGAUACAUAACCAGACAGUUGGAGGUCAACCAUUGGAUUCAUCGAAUGGAGGCACUAAAGUAGGCAGAGGUUGGUGUCCAUCUGGCUGGAACACCAACAUGAAUAGAACUAAGUGCUUCAAGUACAUCCGAGAUUUAAAGUCAUGGGAGGAAUCAGAAAGUUGGUGCGAAGGCCAUGGAGGAAACUUAGCAGCGCUGGCAUCAUAUCGAGAUCUUGAGUUUGCUCUAGGGUUGUGUGGCCAAAGUACCGAUGGCUGUUGGGUUGGUGGAAAAGGAACAAAUUCUAGUUUUGGAUUUACAUGGAAGUGGUCAGAUAAUACAACCCAUUGGAACCGUUCAUUAUUUGGUGCAGUGAUAUUCCCUUCACACUGUAGCAAUGCAUCAUGCCACAAAGAUCCUGCGAUUGAUUCAUGUACCCUGCUGACGAAUGGAAGUACUCCUGUUAUGGGAGAGAGAUGCGAUGCAUCUCGUGCUUCUAUUUGUAUGGUGGACUCUGAGAAGAAAUGUUACCACAUGCACUGCCACAGGGAGUAUCUCAUCAUUCUUGCAGUUGUCAGUGGACUAAUCCUCACUGCCACACUGGCUGUUGUGAUUUGGCUCCUUGUAUAUCGGCGCAGCAAGAAAAGUAGAAAGUCACGGAAAGUUUCUAAUCCAGCUGCCUCCGCAUUAGUUCCUCCAUCAUGGAAAGUCUACACUAAAGAGGAACUUCGGUCUCUAACUAAGAAUUUUAGUGAGGGGAAUCGUCUUCAUGGUGAUGCGAAAACUGGUGGAACAUAUAGCGGCCUUUUGCCGGAUGGAUCCAAGUUGGCAGUCAAGAGGUUGAAGAGGUCUAGUUUCCAGAGGAAGAAGGAGUUCUAUUCUGAAAUUGGAAGGGCUGCAAGACUUCAUCAUCCAAACCUGGUGUCAAUCAAAGGUUGCUGCUAUGACCAUGGGGAUCGCUUCAUUGUUUAUGAGUUCAUUGUUAAUGGCCCCCUGGAUAGGUGGUUACACCACAUGCCGAGGGGAGGCAGAUGCUUGGAUUGGAAUAUGAGGAUGAAAAUUGCUACAACUCUUGCUCAAGGAAUUGCGUUUUUGCACGACAAGGUGAAGCCACAUGUUGUGCAUAGAGACAUCCGAGCCAGUAACGUGCUGCUUGACGAGGAGUUUGGUGCCCACCUAAUGGGUGUCGGUCUGUCAAAGUUUGUUCCAUGGGAAGGAAUGCAGGAGAGAACAGUGAUGGCUGGUGGCACAUAUGGAUAUCUUGCUCCAGAAUUUGUCUACCAGAACGAGCUUACAACGAAGAGCGACGUCUACAGUUUUGGGGUGCUACUGCUGGAAAUAGUCACAGGGCGUCGACCUGCACAGGCAGUUGAUUCGGUGGGUUGGCAAAGCAUAUUUGAGUGGGCCACGCCUUUAGUACAAGCAAACCACUACCCUGAGCUCCUAGAUCCCCAUGUGUUUCUAUCUUCUUCUUCGGAGGUUCCAGAAGCCGGUACCAUUCAGAAGGUUGUGGACCUCGUGUAUGCUUGUACGCAACAUGUACCAUCCAUGCGGCCUAGAAUGUCUCACGUUGUUCACCAGCUACAGCAGUUAGGCCAUCAAUCCUCUGUUUAAAUGUAAGUUUCAGUUGUGCCGCAGAGCUUGGACUUAUAACAACGGUAGACAGACCUGUCCCAUUUUGGGUCGAGGAGUAAGUGCAUCUACAUCCUACUCUAAACUAGUUGACUUGUAUCUUAUUAGGAACCUCGAACUAGGCUUCUUCCGGCUGCCAAUACAUGGUCAGAGUUUUAGCAUCCACUGAGAUGGAAUGAAUGAGUUGCAGCCUUUUAACUUCCCAUUUAUCAGUUACUCAGUAGUCUGGUCUUUAGGUGUUUACAAUGUUGGUCAAAAUGUUGAAGAAAGGAGUUGGCUCGACCUUGGUUAUAAUGUGGUACCAAUCACUGGCUUAUAGUUGCAUUGAAAUGACAAACUGACAAGUAGCGGUUUGAAACCAGAGUUACUCUACAAUUUCUUUCCUUGUUACUCUGCACACAAGUUUCUUGUUUACAAAUUACAUGAGUUUCGAGAAGUGCGAGCAUGGCCAACCCAGCAUCCCAGACAUCAUCAUCCAAGGCAACCUCCUAUGCCUUCUCACUCUCUCCCUAUAAGCUCUUUGCUUUUCUAAGUUUGCCUGUGAUAGCGAUCGUGGAGGUAAAUAAGUCGAACCAUUUUGGUGAAUUUUGUUCACAGCCAGCGGCGGA